GGCGGCGCUUCUCUUCCCGUGGUGCUUUGCGCGGCGGCUGGAUUUGAAUUGUGCGCCAUGUUGACCAGUUCUCCGCUCGUUUUGCCUCCUCCUAACCCCGCGGACCCCGAAUUACCGGAUGAAUGGCGCCUGUACCUGCAAGAGACGCGGGUCCGGACCUUCAGCAACUGGCCCUUUACGGAGGGCUGCGCCUGUACACCGGAGCAGAUGGCGGCGGCCGGCUUCAUCCACUGCCCCGGCGGGAACAGCCCUGACGUCGCCCAGUGUUUCUUCUGCCUAAAGGAGCUGGAAGGGUGGGAGCCGGAGGAUGACCCCAUGCAGGAGCACAAGAAGCACUCGCCUGCCUGUCCGUUCAUCUCCCUCAAGAAGAAGGCCGAAGAGCUGACGCUCAAUGAGUUCCUGAAGCUGGAUAAGGAGCGGGUGAAGAUAAAGAUGAAUAAAAUGAUGAACCAGCACAUUGAGAAGUUCCAGACGACGGCGCAGACGGUGCGGGGAUUUCUGGAGAAGCUGGAUAAAGACGAAUGACUCCUCCCUGCGCUCCCGUGUAUAUACUGUUAAUACUUUCUUGUCUGUUUGUUCCGCUCUCAGAUUCUGUAUGUUAUUCCCAUGCUCUGUGUAAUAUACUUCUUACUUUAAUAAAUUUUCAUCUGUUACAACCUG